AUGCUCGGACGUUUGGAGAUGGAGGUCGACGACUGUAUCGAAGCCUACCGUCGCUUGAUGAAGCUGGUCUUCAGCGAAAAGGCGAAUAGUCUGCCUGUCGACUGGUCGGGAAAUGUGAAAUCCCAAUAUGAUUCCCGGAAACUGAGAUCGGCGGUUGAGGAUGUUGUUUCGCGAUGUGGUCUGUCUCCCAAUGAUUUGCUGAACGACGGCAAAGUCCGUCCGUGUAGGGUCUUUGUUUGUGCGACAGCAAAAGACACCAUGGAGGUACAGCGAUUGCGAAGCUACAAUUCGUCCGAGGAGAACACGCCUUCGCCUACGAUCUGCGAGGCAGCGUUAGCAACCUCGGCGGCAACAAAAUUCUUCGACCCAGUCUUAAUUGGAGAUCGCCAGUUUAUCGAUGGUGCAUUCGGUGCCAACAACCCCGUGGAGGAAGUCGAAGAGGAAGCCUGCGAUAUCUGGUGUCCCUCAAGUCGAAACUUGAAAGAUUUGGUGAAGUGCUUACUUUCUGUUGGUACUGGGCACACUGGCCAGCAAGGGAUGAAUGAUAAUAUUUUCAAGUUCAUCUCCAAAACGCUCGUCAGAAUGGCCAUAGAGCCCGUCAGCACAAAGCGUCGGUUCAUGGCUCGAUGGCGAAACGAAUGCGAAGGGGGGCGGUGUUUUCGUUUUAGUGUCGAACACGGAUUGGAGGGUGUUCGCAUGACCGAGUAUCACAAACGGCCCUUGAUCGAGACAGCAACUCAAGACUAUCUUCUCCAUGAGAAUCAACAGUCUCAGAUUCGUGAAUGUGUGACAAAUCUGGCAAGAAAAGAGGGUAAAACAAACAUCAAGUUUGAAGCCAUUAUCCAGGAACGCGCAAUGCGCAUCAAGCUUCAGCAUGAUUUUGACAGAUCCCAAAUUGCAAUUCAACUACGGAGGCCGCCUUCCUGGCUUGUACCUUUCGAUAGGAAUCUAUCCUACGUGGAUCGAGAUGUUAUGGUGAAAGUGAAAGAAGUUCUUUUCCGAGACCAUUGUCAACAUGAAAUGGCGAUUUUUGGUCUUGGGGGCGUGGGAAAAUCCCAGAUUGCCAUAGAGCUCGCUUACCAAACACGAGACGAAUACCCAGACUGCUCAGUGUUUUGGAUCCCAGCAAUGAGAUUUGAUAGUAUUCGACAGGCUUUUACCAAGGUUGCUGAAAGCCUACGUAUCAUGCCAGUUGAGUGUAAAGAGAACGAUGUGUUUCCGCUCAUUUGCGAUCAUCUCAGUCAAAGGACUAACGGCCGCUGGCUUCUGAUUUUCGACAAUGCCGAUGACAUUGAGGAAUGGACCGAGAAAUCCACUUCUUCAAGCGUUCAGAUUUCAUUGCGUGACUUUCUCCCUAAGAGCCCGCUGGGCAGCAUUUUCUUCACGACGCGAACUGUUCAAGCUGCUCAAUACUUCGCUUCCCAGGAUGUUCUUCAUAUCCCGGAAAUGGAUGAGCAAGAGGCUACUUGUAUGCUGAAAAAACUCUUGAUAAACCAAGAUCUUAUAAAUGAUGGAAAGACCAUGUGCCAGUUGCUCAAGCGUCUGACCUACCUACCAUUGGCUAUUGUACAAGCAGCAGCUUUCAUCAACCAAAAUUCGACCGACCUUGUACGAUACAUAGCUCUUCUUGAUGGACAAGAGCAGGAUGUUAUCGACCUUUUCAGUGAGGAAUUUGAAGACAAUGGCCGAUACAAAAGCAGCCGGAACCCCGUUGCAGCCACUUGGCUUACCUCAUUCUGCCAAAUUGAAAAUCGGAACCCACUGGCUGCUCGAUAUCUCUCUUUCAUGGCCUGCCUGGACUGUCGUGCUAUUCCAAUAUCCCUGCUCCCAUCUGCAAACUCCCUGGAACAAGAAAAGGCAAUUGGAAUUCUUUGUGCAUACAGCUUUGUUCGUCCGAGACCAGGGGGUCACUGUCUGGAUUUGCAUCGUCUUGUGCAACUUGCUAUGCGGAAUUGUAUGCGGUCAACUAAUGACUGGAAACAGUGGGUGAACUAUGCAAUCAUGGAGACAAGCCAAAAGUUUCCAAGCCCUGAGUCGAAAAACCGCAUUCUAUGGCAGGAGUAUCUGCCCCACAUCCUUCGGCUCCUGCAGCUAAAAUCAAGCCGAUAUAUCUCAAAAGCGUCAUAUAUCUUGAUGUUUAAAGUUUCACGUUGUUUGAUUUUCGACAGCCGGCUUGAGGAGGCUGAAUCUUUGAUGCUGCAGCUUCAACAAGAGUACGGUAGGCAUUCAAGGCCUGAAAGCCUGGUAACGCUAUCCGUUGACCAUAAUUUGGCCAUUAUUUUCUCCCUUCAAGGUCGUCCGCGUGAAGCAGAACAUCUGGCAACGCGUGUCUUGCAAGCACAGCUUAAGUUGGUGGGUCCAGACCAUUCAGAUGUUGCUAUCACUUUGUGCACCCUCGCUUCGAUACAUUUCAGUCUGUCAAACCUACCAGUUGCGGAGUGGCUUGCUGUUGCAGCAAUCAAGGGCUUCAUCAGAAAGAAGGGUGUGGAGUCCUAUCAUAGUUUGACAACAAUUGGUGUCCUGGUUCGCAUAUACAUACAACAAGGCCGCUUGGCCAAUGCGUCUGAAUUGGGUAAUAUCCAUUAUUUGCUCAACAAAAAGGCUACUGGAAUCGAUAGUCCAGAUACCGCGAGCAGUGAAGAGUCUCUGGUGUCGAUAUAUGUCUUACAAGGGCGCUAUGCGGAGGCCGAAAGGCUCUGCAUUCAAUCACUGGAAAAGGUAGAGAAGGUCCUAGGUCGCGCCCAUCAGAGAACCCUUCAAACUAUGAACUAUUUGAUAGGAAUACUUGGCAGCCAGGGCAAGGAUGCGGAUGCUGCUGCUUUGUCCUUAGAGGUAGCUCAAGAGUCUGAGCGAAAUUAUGCCCCGGAUGAUCCAAAGGUCCGGGCGGCGUACCAACAAGUACAGUGGUACACGUCGCUCAAGCCUCUUCAUCAGCGCGUUUUUGAUCGCGUGGCUCAUGCCCGAAAGCCAAGAAGAAUCAUAGCCACCCGAAGACUCCAUCAUCGAGUCAAGCUUUACGGUGGUCUUUAUUGCCCCCGGAGGCCAGUGACUGAUGACACAGCUAUUCAGAUAAUUAAAAAAGCUGUCCUGGCUCUUCCUGGUGGGUUGGAUGGAGUACAAACUGUGCCAGACAAACUGUGCAAUGACCAAGGGUCGGCUGAUAAAAGUUCCGACUUGUUUGAAUUCCCUUAUUACAUGUCCAAUGUUCCACAACCGCAAUUCUGUUUUGGUGGGGGCAUUAGCAUUCUAGCACAUAUUUUCGGCUGA